AUGUCAAGCCACAACGCACCACAUCCACCGAGACCUUUGACGAAGCAACACUCGUGGUCGCAUGACGUGAACCGCAACGAGGCUUGGCUACGGAAGAAAAAAAAACAGCCAUUGGAUCUCUUUCGUCAUACCAAGAGCGUAACGAACGACGAUCUCGAGGAACUUAAAGGUUGCAUCGAGCUUGGGUUUGGGUUUGAGCCAAAUUCUUCUGAUUUGUCCCCGAGACUCUCAGAUACCAUCCCGGCUCUGGAUUUUUAUUGUGCCGUUCACAGACAAUAUAGCAACCAUUUGUCUCGGACAUCGUCAUUUGCAUCCGAACGUGACGGUAGCGACUCGAGCACCACGACGAUCGUUGACAAAGGUGAUGAUCGGAAGACGAUGAAGCAGAAGCUGAAGCAAUGGGCUCAGGUGGUCGGGUUUUCGGUGCGGAAAGUCAAUAAGAAACCAAAUUGA